AUGUCGGCCAAAUCUGUACAGGUCAAUGGCAAGAAGAAAGCCUCGCCCGCAGUCAACUUGAUUGCGGGCGGUGGUGCUGGUAUGAUGGAAGCUCUCGUCUGUCAUCCUUUGGACACUGUCAAGGUCCGCAUGCAACUCUCAAGGAGAGCCCGCGCACCUGGUGUCAAGCCUCGCGGCUUCAUUGCCACCGGCGUUGACAUUGCGCGCAAGGAGACUGCCCUCGGCCUAUACAAGGGCUUGGGAGCUGUUCUGGGAGGUAUCAUUCCGAAGAUGGCCAUUCGAUUCACAUCGUAUGAGGCAUACAAGGAGAUGCUAGCCAACGAAGAUGGCUCUGUUAGCAGCAAAGCUACUUUCCUGGCUGGUCUCGCUGCUGGUGUGACUGAAGCCGUCGCUGUCGUCAACCCGAUGGAAGUCAUCAAGAUUCGUCUGCAGGCACAACAUCACAGUCUUGCCGACCCCCUCGAUGCUCCUAAGUACCGUAGCGCCCCCCACGCUCUAUUCACCGUGAUCAAGGAAGAGGGUUUCAGCGCCCUGUACCGCGGUGUCUCCUUGACAGCUCUGCGACAGGGCACCAACCAAGCCGCCAACUUCACCGCGUAUACCGAGCUCAAGGCGGCUCUCCAGCGCUGGCAGCCAGAAUACAGCAACUCCCAGCUGCCCUCCUACCAGACCACGGUUAUCGGCCUCAUCUCCGGUGCUGUUGGUCCCUUCUCCAACGCCCCCAUUGACACCAUCAAGACCCGCCUCCAAAGAACCCGUGCCGAGCCCGGCCAGUCGGCUAUUUCUCGUAUCAUGGCGAUCGCGAAGGACAUGUUCAAGGAAGAGGGUGCUCGUGCUUUCUACAAGGGUAUCACCCCCCGUGUGAUGCGUGUCGCUCCGGGCCAGGCGGUUACCUUCACGGUCUACGAGUUCGUCAAGGGCAAGCUCGAGGCCUCAAACUGGGCUUUUGUGGGUGGCCAGUUUGAAGAGUAG